AUGCGAGAGGAACCACUUGGGCCUCACCCAGGCUUCAGGCUCCCAACCGCUGCUUCUCAUUGUUUGGAACUGGAGCCUACCACUCCAGGCAAAUGGGUUUGCCGUGGGUCAUUCUUCGAGGAUUCGGGCCGAACAUUCGACAGCUCUUCCUGGCUGUUACUGGUUUUUGGCGUUCUCGUGGUCUAUACCAGCAAGGCUAGCAAGGAUGAAGGUAUAAAAAAGUACCCCCUCGCCUGGAUUUCUGCCUUCUUUUCCCUCAACCAGUAUCCUAUGUCGUGGAUGCCUCGUCCCUCUACUCCUUACCCUUUUGUUACCCGCGCUCGAUCUUCCUCUGCGCCUAUUGUUGUGCCUUCCCACCCAUUUCCGACUAUAGGCGAGAGGUCUACCAUGACCGAAGACUAUUCUUCAGACUUUCCGGUCCCAAACGCGUCCCCGGCUGCGCCGUCUUCUCCUGAAGCGGUGAGCAUGGAUCUCGACGUGGUUGUCGAGGCUCCGCCUUCUCAAUCAAUUCCGGCCCCUGCUCCCAUUUCUUCUCCCCGUGUGGUUCCGUCUUUUCGCAUCCGAGGUGCUGCCAACGCGGCACCUCACUCCUCCCCUACUCCGUUGGUUCCUGCGAACCAAAACGGAGUAGGUGCUCGCGCUCGAGGCCGCGCCAGAAACCGUGGUCAGGCGCGCGACCGAGGUUUGGAUCCGGUUCGGGUUCGUGGUCGUGGUUGUGGCUUUGUUCCGGCUCCCUUUCGUGGUCGAGGUCAUCCUUCAGGUAGCAAUAAUCUUCCUACUGGACCGGUUAUCUCGAACCGAGCAGUUGUUGGGAGAGGUGCUACACCUCCUCCAGCUCCCCGGGGAAGUAGGCUUCCUACCCCGCAACUCAGUCCCGGUGGUCCAUUCGAUCGUCACGGUUCCUUGACUUCAGCUGACAACAGCUGGGUGGAGCCUCACGUGCGCACACGCACCCGAGUGCCUUCCCCAGCUCCGUUCGGCUUCUACGACGUUGAUGACUACCAUCGAUUGGCGCCCCAUCAAGUGGACGCUCUCCUCGAUCGCCGUCCUGACUUCGGCCGGUACGAUCAACAUCAGUUCGCACUCAGCUUUACACGGCCUUCUAUCAAGAUGUGGCCUCCGCUCUCGUUGGUCAUUUCACUCGCCACCCCGCCACCAAUACUUUCGAGCGCGAAGGUCGAGUUGCGCUUUUCAGGUUCGUCGGCCGCCGCUACAGAUCCGCCCUACGUCGUGUGCCUACUUAGUUUUAUUACUGCCUAUGAAUGGACAGUUCAGUUUCCAGGGGUAAAAUCUUCCUAA